GAGAGAGCGAGAGCGCGAGCGCGAGCGAGAGAACGGCCCAGUGCUGCUGCUGCUGGAGCUGCUUCAUCAGGGACUAUCAACAGGGAGUGCAACCGACGACAGAGCUUAAGAGCUGGGGGGUAUGAGAGCCGUCAGAAUCCGCGCCAUCCUCCUCAGCCCAGGCCCGUAUCCGACUGACAACCAUCGGAUCAGAAGCUCCACGGAACCAGCUCUCGGACGAACCCAAUAUCGGUGACAACUCGCAAACAUGGAGCUGAGAGUGGGGAACAAGUACCGGCUGGGGCGAAAGAUAGGGAGUGGCUCCUUUGGCGACAUUUACCUUGGUGCUAACAUUGCCACCGGUGAGGAGGUAGCCAUCAAGCUGGAAUGUGUGAAGACCAAACACCCACAGUUGCACAUUGAAAGCAAGUUCUACAAGAUGAUGCAAGGAGGAGUGGGUAUCCCAUCGAUAAAGUGGUGUGGUGCAGAGGGAGACUACAACGUGAUGGUCAUGGAGCUGCUGGGUCCCAGUCUGGAGGACCUUUUCAACUUUUGCUCCCGGAAGUUCAGUCUAAAGACUGUCCUGCUUUUGGCAGACCAGAUGAUCAGUCGCAUUGAGUACAUCCACUCCAAGAAUUUCAUCCAUCGGGAUGUUAAGCCUGACAACUUCCUAAUGGGGCUGGGCAAGAAGGGUAACCUGGUGUACAUCAUCGACUUUGGCCUGGCCAAAAAGUACCGCGAUGCCCGCACACACCAGCACAUCCCGUACAGGGAGAACAAGAACCUGACCGGCACCGCGCGAUACGCCUCCAUCAACACACAUCUCGGAAUUGAGCAGUCCAGACGUGACGACCUGGAGUCUCUCGGCUACGUCCUCAUGUACUUCAACCUGGGCUCUCCUCCCCUGGCAGGGCCUCAAGGCCGUACCAAGAGACAGAAGUAUGAGCGAAUCAGCGAGAAGAAAAUGUCCACACCCAUCGAGGUUCUUUGCAAAGGAUACCCUUCUGAGUUCUCCACAUACCUGAACUUUUGCCGCUCACUCCGUUUUGACGACAAGCCAGACUACUCUUACCUACGACAGCUCUUCAGGAAUCUGUUCCACCGUCAGGGUUUCUCCUACGACUAUGUCUUUGACUGGAACAUGCUCAAAUUUGGUGCCAGUCGGACAGCUGAGGAUGGAGAACGGGAGAGGAGGACGGGAGAUGAGCGGGAUGAGCGGAUCGGAGGAGCCCCAAGGGUUUCUGCAUCGCGGGGCCUCCCCCCAGGUCCCAUCCCUGCGGCUGCCAACCGAGUCAGGAACGGGCCAGAGCAGGCCAUCUCUAACCCUGCCUCACGGGUCCAGCAGUCUGGGAACACGUCGCCCCGUGCAAUUUCUCGUGCAGAGAGGGAGAGGAAGGUGAGCAUGAGGCUCCACCGCGGGGCUCCUGCCAACGUAUCGUCCUCUGAUCUCACAGCCCGUCACGACCAAUCCAGAAUUUCCACAUCACAGGUCAGCGUGCCAUUUGAGCACUUGGGGAAGUAGAAUUCUUUGGCUCUGCAUGCACAUGAAACUGACAGGGCUGCAAGGUAUAUUCAUCGCUCCGAUUUUAUUUUUCCUUUUAUUUUACCUUGUCUUUUGAAAAAGAUGAUUGCCAAUGGACACAUGGAUCUUUUGGAAAAGGACAGUAAAUCUUUUAAAGGAUCCAGGGGAAGGAUGUGACAGUAUCCAACGUGCACUCUUUCACUGAACCCUUUUUUUGCUGAACCGUGGACCACCACCACCACCACGAUGCAAAAGCAAAUGAAUGACAGUCCUACACCAUUUUUACUCCAUGGUCGCUCACACCUGCUCCACUCCUCAAAACAUUUCCCUCAGUACCUUCUGUCUGACAAAUGUGAAGAGCUGUCGUCAUCAAAAGGUAUCAGGGACACACGCAUGUUUCUCCUCAAAGGUCAACUUAGUGAUUGAUAUAGGCUUAGUAAAGAUUUGUCUUUUUCUGUUUCAACACUUGCAAAAAACGGUUUCAGUGUAUGUCAUCUUAUCUUUCAUGAGGAUAUCUUAAGUUGAAGCUUGUUAUGAGGUUUCUUUGCUUUUUUGAGAGAAAGAACAGCUAAAAGAUGGAAGAAAUGGGGAGAGGGUACUGUAGGCGAUGAGGGUAGGGACAAAAAGAAAGGUAACUUUGAAAAAGGAUAAGUAAGUGAUGUUUUUAGCUGUUGUAGAGUAAUAUUUCUGGUGACGUAGCAAUCCGGUGCUGCUUGCCCACCAUCCAUGUUGUGAUGAUUUACUAUCCCUCAAAACUCAGCCACCAAAACCUCCACCACCCCUUAUUUUGCCCGUUUGGACUUCCUUUGGUUUUAAUGUGAGUGGGUAAGGUGAGAAUGACCAUAGAUAUUGCAAAGACACACUCCAAGUCUUGAGGGAAGCUCCUCAGGAAAUUCUCAGUGUAUUUGCCAGAGACCACAGUGCCCGUUUUGGCUACCGAACAGUGGCUGCAAUUUUUUAUGAUAUUCUAAAUGUUACCUUUUUUAUUCUUUUUGUUAUUGGAGGUCACAGGGGAGUGGGCAGGCUCUGUUAGGGGAUGGGACAUCAAUGAUUUUUUUUUUUUUAAUGUUUACUUCACUGUAAAUAUUUUUUUUAUUUUGAUGCUAAAGCCAAAAUGUGGUUAUUUGUUUUUAAGGUCGUAAAGUAGAAAAAUGCAUACUACUGACAUCAAUUGGGGCUGGGUUCAGAAUUUUAGGUAUUUUAAGGACUAAAUUGUUGGAACGGGGCUGCUGUUACUUUGCCAGCUGGGUUCAUCCAAUAUUUUGUGUGUUUUGUGAGAGCGAGAAAGUGACAAGUGAUACAGUGAAUCCCUGCUAAUAAUACACUAUUCAUUUUGUCUUUGUUUUUUUCGUCUGCUGAUUGUUUUUAUCCCCCUUCUCUAUUUUAUGUUAAACUAUUUUUUAUUGUCUGAAAUAACCUUCCUGUCUUUGUUCUCUUAUUUUGUGUUUCAUUUCAUCCUCCUGUAACUUAUUAGAAGUAGCGUGUUUGUUAGGUUUUCUUCUUCUGUUCUUAUGACGUCAAAAGUUUGUCACACCUCAUAUAAUAAAUAGGGCUUUCAAUAUUCCUUCUGCAAAAUGAUAUGCUAAUAGUUUGAUGUCACCUUUUUUUUGGAUUUUAACCUCCAGCAACCUUGAUGAUGUCAUUCAAAAGAAAAAAACAAGUGAUGCAAUGCAGGGAUGUGUAAAUAGCAGUGUACUGGUGUGUAAUUACCUUUGUACAGGCCACCGUGACCCAGUGGCAUCGUAACUGUUGGGGUUGGGAAUGGUAUAAAAGACGUUGAGGUGAUGGGUGGGGGGGGUUUCACUUUAUGUAUUGUGUACUGAUAUCUUGUACAGUUCUUUAAUACACUUUAUUUACAACAGUAUUUGUGUAUAUUUUUAUGAAGUAAUAAAAAUGAAUAACGUUGCUCACAA